CGCUAUCAUCAGACAGCCAUCUCUGCUUCUGCUCUAUCAACGUAUAGUGUCAUCACAGAAAAAGGAAUACUUGAAACACAUGGUUAUGAGAGAUUAUGACGUAGAAAUGAGCAACAAUGCAUCUCAUGAAUUUUCUGGUGUACAUUCCUUUGCUGAGGAAACUAUGCCAGAAGACUAUGAGAUGGAGUCUUCAUCGGAAGCCUUGACCACAGAAUUGGAAGAAGGAGAAGUAUUACAGAAUGCCGAGUUGGUAUGUGUUGAUCAAGAAGAAAUGGAUAGACUUACUGCUGAAGAAGAGGCUGCUGAAAUAGAGUUUUCUUCACCAAAUUAUGCACAACAGAAAGCCAAAAGAAAAGGGCAGGAUCUUCUGAGAUACCAUAUAGUUUCAUGUCAAGAAGAAUUGGAAGAGUUGCGUACUCAAAGUGCCAAUGAAGAUGUGUUAAUCGACCCAAAGGAUAAACUCCAUCUAGUGAAAUAUGUGAAAAUUGAAGGGAAAAUUUUGAAGCUUUGGGAAUGUGGCAUAUGUGCUAAGGAUUUCCGACACCAGUAUACACUAAUGCGUCACCUUCCAACUCAUACUGACGAACGAAAGUUUGUGUGCGAUGUUUGUGAUAAAGCAUUUCGUCAAAUGAGUACAUUAUCGCAGCACCGUGCUAUACAUUCGAACGCGCGCCCCUAUGUGUGUGAAAUUUGCCAGAAAACAUUUAACCGAGUUUCAACAUUAAUAUCGCAUCGGCGGACGCACUUGGACGAUAAACCACAUAAGUGCCACAUAUGUGGUAAAGGGUUUCAUCAGAAAGGCAAUUUGAAAAAUCACCUGUUUUCGCACACCAACGAACGGCCGUAUCGGUGUGAAAUUUGUGGUCGAGGAUUCAAUCAGAUGUCCAAUCUGGUGGUACACAAGAUGAAACUUCACGGCCAGACUAGUCCAGCUGAGGGAACGACGCGUGCAGCUCAAACCGACAAGUUUUCAUGUAAGCUGUGCAACGAAAAAUUUCCCAAGAAAGCGUUUCUCACCUUACACGAGGAGCAAACCCACAACCUGAUAAAAUCGAGGUCUUCCUCCAGUCGCAAGAAUCGUGUCCCUGUUUCAGAUAGGAAACAGGUUCAAGUAGCAGUAGCGUCCGAGUCAGUUACAUUAAAACAGCCAACUGUUACAAGGUCAAACCCAAAAGUUUUCCAAUCCAAGAACGACGAUGGAAAUACAGCGGGACUUUUGAUCGAUGCCAUUCAAACCCCUAGUAUGCAGGAGGCGAGAAAUACGAACCAAACUGCUUUCGCUCUGCUCAAAUCUAUAGAUGGAACCCCAUCUUUGGUCAAAAUUUUCGAUCUUCCAAAUAACAAACAAUUAUUGAUAUCAGCUACGUCAGAAGAUUUAGCUGAAUCUGCUCAAAAGUCAGCCCAAGUGGAUCCUUCCUGUAAACCAAGUCAAGUAAAGGUUGCAGUGGUGGCAACUGUUUCCCAGCAGAUGGACGACGACGGCCAACUAGUAGUACGGAUAGAAUCGAUUGAAGUGGACCAAAAAAUUUUGGAUUCUAUUGAAACUCCAUGUCGCCAGGAAAACGCUAUUGAAGUUUCCUCAUUCAAAGAUGCAGUUUCCAACGCUUGUGAACCUAGCGCAGAAUUAGAGAACGAACAGGUUCAUUUCGUCCGCCCUUUACCGGAUGGAGGGUUCGAGAUAGUAGCGGAAUCGGAGGCUGCCAAUUUUCUCGAGAUAGUCGAGGAGGAUAGCUCCCGUUCGGGUGAUGCCAGUAAUAGCAGCAGCCUUAUGGACUCUGCUCAAAUUAUUAUCACUCAAGAUGAGGAUGGCCACCUUAUGCUUGAAGGAACACCACUUCAAUACCUUCUGGGAGCCAACAACCAACAACAGCUGCAGUUUGUUCUAAACAACAGCAAAAGAAAAUAAUUGAACUCAAUUUAGAAUUGUAUAUUACAACUGUUCAGCAAAUUCAGCAACUGCAAGUGUACAUGGCUUUGUAGAGUUAACAAGAAACAGUUCACAAUCAUCUUCAUUCAGGUGUCUUGUCAAAUGUUCUAUUAGUUGAUGGAUGUCUCCAAUGCUCUCUGGUGCUGAUAAUUUGGAGUCCAGAUUGUAGUAAACUGAAUCAAAUUGCCUUAUGGCCA